AUGGUUCAACAGCAGAAGCCAAAUCAGAUUCCGUGGGAUCCCAAUUCUACAGCAUUCCCACUCCGCAAUGAACUCCCUGAGAUUCCUGGCGCACCGAAAGAGGCGGCUUGGGUCGGCCGCUUGAACCUCCUGACGCCCAUUCGAGUACAAAAUGCGGCGAAGGAGAUACAAAGAGGAGAGGUCAUUCCCGUGAAUCUCCCACUGAACGAUCCUUCGCACCCUGCCUUUUUGAGAGAGCAGUUCAAGCACGAGAUAAAGACCCUGGUUCCGUCUCUAGUCUACGAUGACACAUAUCACCUGAAUACUCAAAGUGGAACUCAAUGGGAUGGAUUUCGUCAUGCUGACUGUUACAAGUUUGCUCACUCAUCAGGCAAGUUCUACAACAACAUAACAGGAGCUGAUAUAGUCGGUCCAAACGCGAAUCAAAAAUGUGCCGUCCAUUAUUGGGCUAAACGUGGCAUCGCCGGCCGAGGGGUUUUGCUCGAUUAUCAUGAGUAUGCGAAGAAGAAGAAAAUUAGAUUCGACCCCUAUGAGACAUGCGGGAUUUCUUAUGAGGAUAUUAUGAAUUGUGGUAAGGAGCAGGGUAUUGAUAUCCGGCCCGAGUCUGCAGGUGGCGAUAUCCAGAUUGGCGACAUCCUUUUUAUCCGAAGUGGAUGGUGUGAGGCAUACAGCAAGAGGUCCGAGGAGACCAAGAUUCUAGACUCGGCAAAGCAACAACACCAAACCUUUGGCGGUUUAGUACAAGAACAGGCAAUAUUGGACUGGCUUCACGACUGCUAUUUUGCUGCUGUUGCGGGCGACUCUCCGUCAUUUGAGGCAUGGCCAACAUCUGAAGGCUACCAUCUCCAUGAGUACAUCUUGUCACUAUGGGGCAUGCCCCUAAGUGAGAUGCUGCAGCUAGACAGACUAGCUGAAAGGUGUCAUGAGCUUAACCGAUGGACGUUCUUUUUCACGAGCGCGCCGGCAAAUUGCAUAAGUGGGUGGUCUAUUCUUAAGUUCCUAGUCUCAAUGCUAACGUAUGUAGAUGGUGUUGGUACGCAUGUGAGUGGACUGGCGAUGUUGUAG